AUGUCGCCGUCGCUAAAGAGGUUAUCUAAAGAGUUUCUUGAGUAUAGAAAGAACCCUCCGUGUCUACAACAUGCACAACUCAUCUCUCUAAAUCCUAUAGAUUCAGAAGAUUUAUACCAUUGGCAUGCUGUUAUUGCUAAGCCAACAAUAACCGACUCAAAAUGGUACUAUUCAGGCCAAUGGACUUUGAAUAUCUCAAUACCGCACUCAUAUCCUCAACAACCACCAAAGAUUACUUUUCUCACUUCAAUAAUUCAUCCAAAUGUAGAUAUAAAGCUGGGGGAAAUUUGUUUGGAUAUACUCAAGUCUCUGUGGAGCCCGGCGUGGAAUUUACAGAGUUUGGUAGUUGCUGUUUUACAACUUAUGGAUCAUCCAGAACCAGAUUCUCCAUUAAAUGUCGAUGCUGCUAAUCUAUAUCGCUGCGACUUGUUGGCUUUCGAGAGCUUGGUGCAAUUUUAUAUUUGGCAAAAUUGCAAUUUUUACAAAGGAGAAGUGGCAAAGUAUACUUCUCCAAAGAGAGAAAAAGGCGCAAAUAAGGAUGGGUAUUUUGCUAUAAGAGAUGGCUCAGGUAGGAGACUCUGUGAGGUAUAA